AUGGAAGAUGACAAUGAGGUCACUGGAGAGUCACAUGUGGCUGAUGAAUGGGAUAUGAUGUCCCUGACUUCAUCAGUAUAUGCUAGCCCAUUAUUCCUUAAUAUUCAGUAAGGCACACAAACUGGAUUAGUCAUGUCAGAUGGCUUCGUGUUCCCUCCAAGUGAGCAUGAAAAUUUGCCAAUAGAACCAGAGCAUGAGAAUUUGCCAAUAGAACCAGAGCAUGAUGAAUCAAAUACAAACAGCCUUGAAAAGGAAAGUAGAUGUGCUGGAAAUAACGAUGAUGACUGGUGUCAUGUAUCACCUGAAGAAAUUGAUGGUGUAAGUAAUGAAAAUCUAGCUGACAACAGUGACUUGCCUACUGCCAGUGAAGCUACGGUACCAGAUUCCCACCCUACAGAAAUAAAUGCUAAGCGAGAGAAAGAUCAUACGACAUGCAAGGCUGAUCAUACUUGUGAAAGAUGGUGGAAAAAGAAAACCACUUAUCUAUUUCAUCAUAUAAAAGGAGUGACUACACUCUGCUCAGUUGUGGCAGCUGGUGCUGUUGUUGGUUUUGUUGUAAUGGGUCAGAGGUGGCAGCAGGACCAUUGGCACCUUCAUCAAUUUAAGUUCAGUGUCAGCGGUGAGAGCAUGAAUCGAGUCAUUGGAGCAUUCAGUCGUUUGAAGGAUGGGCUUCCUGGGAGUGAGCAACUAAGAUCUCUGCUGCUGACUCGCGUACUCCCAAAACAGCCACUGAGCGCUUGA